GGACUCUGAUGAGGCAAACGUCGUAUGCAGAGAGCUUGGUUACGGUGCAGCAACAACGCCACGAACAUCUGAGUUUGGUGAGGGACCUGCCUUGUUUCAAUCAACAUAUGACACAAAUUGUAAUGGGGAUGAACUGAGUAUUUUCAACUGUUUCCGGAGAUUUCCCCAAGGGCACCCCACUAGCUGCAGUUCCUCGAUAGGAAUACGCUGUCACGCCCUGAUGACGUCGGUAUCACCUCGCCUGAGCUGUGCUUCCAACAAAUGGGGAGGAAUUAGAUCCAUCAGCCAGCAGGAAUUCGAAGUUACGCACGCAGUCAUCGCACAUACCGGACGACUCCAUGGCAGAUUAAGCAGUGCCAUCUAUCUACAUGGUUCAGAAAUCAGCAGAAGCAUUUCUAAUGUACAGAUACAUAAUUGUGAGGGAACAGGCAUCAAUGCUACUGGAAAAUAUACGUAUGAUGUAGCAAAUGUUACUGUUCAUUCCUGUCACGGUGAAGCCGGUAUAUCUGUGGAACGAGCGACCGUCACAAAGAAUCUUAUUUACAAUAACACGUUUUAUGAAGGAGCAAUCACAGUUACUGCAACAUCAACACUUUAUGAAGCAGCAACCACAGUUAUUGCAACAUCAACAGCAGAUACUCGUUGUGGCACACCCCUUGUCUUCAGUAAUCUCAGCGCAACUUUUGCAAGUCCAAACUUCGGAACCUCUUCAUACCCAACAUACAGUCGAUGUGAAUGGCUCAUUGGAGCUCCUGUAGGGCACAUCAUUGUACUGGACUUCCUUAUUGUUGACCUAGGCUACGGCACUCAAGUAACGGUGUAUGACGGACACGAUAUAACCUCUUUAUCACUUGCAACAUAUGAUCGCUACUCCCCAUUCCCGAGUGAUUCUAUCACCUCAACAGGAAACAGCAUGUUCAUAGUUUUCAGGAGCGGUUCGUAUUCAGGUCAAGGUUUUCUGGCAAAGUACCAAAUAGACUCCCCUUCUGUGUGGAGAAUCGACAACAACAUCGUUAAAGACAACUUCGGCACGGCUGUAAAAAUAACGUCACCAGCAUCAGCUUCUGUAAUCGACGUUCUUUGCAACAUCUUCGAAAACAACCAAGAACACCAGACAAAUGACGGAGAGGGAGUUAUCAGUGUGACCCCUGAGCGAUCUAAUAUAACAGUGAGAGGAAAUGUGUUACGAAACAGUAAAAUGAAGGGCGUAGUCAUCGAUAUUCGGCGGCAGCUGAGAGGCAACGUAGCAGUAAUAGACAACAUGUUUCUAAAUGGCAGGAAAACGACGUUGACGGUGCGUGGACAAUAUCACACAUCCGGCCAAACGCCCGUGAUGGUCAGCAACAACUUCUUCUCGGGAAAUGACGCUACUGAGUCUGAUAAAGUACUGUUCUUUGAUCAAGCACCAGGCAUAGUUGAAAAUAACACCUUUGUCAACAACUCAGUUCGUCAUAUUAUAGAAUGGAACAAUCGCUAUAGUUCCGACGAACAAGAGCUAUCCAACAAUUUCAUUUAUGACAACGCGCCGUUAAUGCCAGGGGAAAAAUAUGUCAUGGUAGUUUCCGGGAGAAAUGCUCAGAUACACGGGAAUGUCUUUACGAAUCCUGCAUUCGACGCAGAACUAGCAACAUCGACCCUCACGUCAUCAUACCCAGUCAACGCUACCAGCAACUUCUGGGGUUUCAGUUCAGCUCAUCUUAUCUCAAGACGAAUUCGAGAUAAAAACGAUGACGAGACCUGGGCUGAAGUCAUGUACGAUCCAUGGAUGGCAGUUCUUCCUGCAGAUGGUCCCUGUCCCCUCGGAUGGAAGUACAUCAAGCAACUCCGCACCUGUUACAUGUACCACGGUGGAUCUCAGGAUUGGCUGGGCGCAGCUCAUUCCUGCAAGAUUCGACAUGCAGUAAUUGCCAAGUCAUUUACGGUCCAGGAGUUAGCGUUGAUUGACAUCAUGAUCAGAGCCAGAGAACUUGAUUUCGUAUCCGCUAUACCCAUCUGGAAGGACGGACCUGACUAUAUGGAAAAUUCGACACAACGGUGCGAAAUACAUCUACCGUCGAAUGGGUCACUCACAAUGUUUGCUGACUGUGGCGCCUUCCAUCCCUUCAUCUGCAAGCGGCCAGUAGUUGAUGACUGCCCGAACGCUUGUUCCUACCACGGAAGCUGCAUGGGAAGAACGUGUAUCUGUGACAGAGGCUGGAAGGGAGAGGACUGUUCUAAGCCAAACUGCAACGAACGGAAUGACUGUGGAGAGUUUGGCACCUGUGUUGGACCCAACAUAUGCAGAUGUAGAAAUGGAUGGCAGGGUCGUGCAUGCACGGUCAGCUACUGCAACCGUUUCACCACUUGUAAGUCGUGCUCUAUGGCAGUUGGAUGUGGAUGGUGUGACCAGAGGCAGAGUUGUGAAUCUGGGCUGUACAGAGGUCCUGACGUCAUGCCCUGUAACACAUGGUUCUAUCACAGUUGUUUCACCGUGGGAGAGAAAGAAGGUUGCUCUGGUGACAUCGAGGUUGUAGACUGUGAACAUCGACAGUGCAACAAGGCACUCUCAACGACGACAGUAGAGUCAUGUCUAAGAUGCCAGGACGUUGAAGGAUGUUUCAAAGACACGGUUGACGGCUUCUGCAAAGUGUGGAAUGAAGAUCAGUGUCCAAAGGGUUUCAUCUACCCACUGUACAACGACACCACGCGUAUUGAGAAGAUUCUCAUCGGCCAUAACCUCGAGUACGUCCCGCUGGAAGGCAACAUCUUGUACCGGUGUCCUGUCCGCUUCUCCAGCUGGGGAGCCACCAUGUUUGUGAAUGAAGGGGACCUGGACAUCCGGAUCGGUCAGGUGCUGUCCAGUCCCCAGGCAAACGGUGUACUACACAAGGUCGAACAAGUCCUAAAGACAGACAGUUACACCGUGAUAGUGGCGCACCCUGCUACUCUGGAGGACAUGUUGGAUUACAGUGACUUCAGCCAGGAGGUUCAGCUGGAGAUGGCUGUGGACAUGAAGAGGAACGAGGGAGCUCCUGAACUGUCUGAGGUGGAAAGGGUGCUGGGUGGAAACGGGACACUCAAUGGAAGCACUGUUCGUGUCAUCACGGAAGAUGCCCCAGUCUACAAGUGUAUUGGAUCCCGGGCUAUGAAUGAAGGAGAGGGCAGCUACCAUCUGCUGAUGAGAGAUCUCCCUGCCAACCUGUCAGUUGGUGACGUCAUUGUCAGUAACCAUAGCAACGGGAUACUGGAGCAGGUUAUCCAACAGACAACAACACCUUACGGAGUCUUCAUUCAAACUCUGCUGCAGAAUUGCUUCACAACUUUCAACUUCCGAGAGGACCUGAAAACAACGUACGGAGUAACCCUCCCUGCUUCCCUGCCGUGUUCGGGCGGACCGGAGGGCGCACACGGGCUGCUCAUCGUGGACUCUGCGGGAAGAGAAGUGGACCUGGAGACUGGUGACGUGGUGGUGGGGAGAAGGAGUGGCAGGCUGCUGGCAAAGGUUCUGAAUAUCACUCCUAUGGCUGACUACACUUUAGUAGAAGUUGAGCCUAUCCUGAGCAGGUCCACCAUGGCCGUGCCGUUAAGAAGAAGACGACGAGAGGGUGUUACUGCAUCUCCACCCAGGCGUAGUUUAGACGUCGUCAUAGGAGACCAAUUCUCGUACGCCACCGAUAGUUAUAAUAUCGAACUAUCAACGAGUGCCAAAUUCACAGCUGGAAUCAAGAUCUCGCUUGCAGUGUCGACGUCGGAAUUUCGAACACCUACGCUUAUCAGCGCCAAAGCUUCCUUUAUUGAUGGACGGCUAGAAGUAGGACUGGAGGGCUCUCUAGACAUUUCGGAGAGUACAAGGGCCAGAAGUGGAUUCAGGAAGGAACUGUAUCCUAUCCAUGUCUCUCUGUGUGUAAGCAGUACACUGUGUAUACCGGCUAAGAUAUGGGCGAACAUUGACACAUCGUAUGAAAUCUACGCUGAGGGUCCAGGCAGUAUCCAAAUGUCCUCUACCGUGGUGAAACCAAACAUUGACGGUGGAGGAAGCUGGCAACCACAAGAAGGAGCCCAGUGGUUCUCGUUUGACCUGAAUGAGGAAUCCGGUAGUGCAAAUAUCGUGAUAUCGUCCUAUUCGGGAACUUCGACCGAAAAAGACCAUCUCAACGUGUUGGAGCUAAAAGUCAAACCGACGUUCUUCAUCGAGUUUCCCACAUCUGGAGAAAGUGAAGUUGAGGGGUUCACGAUACCAAUAGAUGUAACUAAUCAAGGGGACACAUUUGGGUACAGUAUCACCACCUCCAUUCAGUCACAAGCGCUCCUGCGUGUGUCAGCCCAAUCCUGUUCUACUGAGUGCCCGUAUUCAGACAGACCACAGUACGUUGGGGUCACGUCAUCGUUGGACUACCUAAAGGGGGCGUUCAACGUAAUAGUUGGAAACGACGAUUACUAUGAAGACCAACUAUGGAGACGUGAAGAGUGGAUGGACUUUGACAGAGAUUGUAGACCACAUCCGUCAAGUAUUGAUACCUGUAGGGACAGCAUGUGUGUAUGUGGUGAAGCAACAGGAAUACAACAGCCUACGAACGAGAGCUUCUGCAUGUGUCCUUGUAACUGUUCAAGUGGAGACCAAAGCUUCACGCAUCCAGAUACUGACGGAUGUAACUGUGAGUUGUGUCCCGAUGGAGACUUUAAAACAGUAAACAGUCAGGGACAUCUACACUGCCCAUGUCUGUGUCCUGACAACAGCACAUCGGAACUGACCAGCGAUGGAACAUGUGACUGUUCCUGCACCUGCCCAGAUGGUAGCAGGGAUGUGGUGCUGAGUGACGGCAGCUGUCCGUGUAAGUGCACCUGUAACAACUGCCACGAGUCGGUUCUGGGUCCUCAUGGCUGCAUCUGUUCUGACAGCUGUCCUGACUGUGAGAAUGAUGAGGAACCCGAGUGGCAAGACUGUGUGUGUAAGUGUCCACAGAAGACAGAGUGCGGGAUCCCACCUACAUGUGUGGUGGGGAGGAUGGGGCCGGACUGUAGACAGCCAGACUGCAGGCCGUGCCAAGGAUGCUCAGGGAACGGCCGGUGCAUCACAUCAACACACAGCUGCCAGUCAUCCUGUGUCUGUUCGCCUCAGUGGUUCGGUGACUGUUGUGAGCUGCGCCGUCCUCGUCCUAUUGGAGGAGACCCUCAUUUCAAGACAUUAGAUGGAAAGCCAUACGACUACCAUGGUAUCGGUGAGUUCUGGGACUGUAAGAGCGUGUCGAAUGACUUCGGCGUACAGACCCGGAUGUACGCGUAUGAAAGGGCUUCUCUGAUUGGUGGAGUUGCAGUGAAGGCUGGGCACAGCGUUGUCACUCUGAUGACAUCAUCAAAUGCAACAGAAAAGGACGUCCCCAAUAUCAGGAUCGACGGUGAACUGUGUCAACUAUCUGUCGGAGAGAAGUAUCUCCUAAACAAUGGGACAAUACAUCUGCUGGCUCAGCAACCUUCUACAAACGCUACGGAGUCAGGGGCCGUUAUCACCGUGUCCCUUACCUUUGCAUCAGGAUCAACUGUGUCCUUUGACAUCCGGUACUCACCAAAGAUGGGCCGCCAGUUUGUCAACAUUUUGUUCAGCCCCACUGCGAUGUUCAAGGGCAACACGGAGGGACUGUGUGGGCUCAUGGAUGACGACGAUGCCAAUGACUUCACUGGUCCGGACGGCGCUGUGCACAAUGACACUUCUGUAUUUGCUGAAACCUGGCGGAUAAAUAAAACCCACCACGGCUCUGGUCUGAUGGGGUCCUGGUCAUGGAACUCUUCUAACUUCCAUCCUGAUGACGUCAUGGACCCUGCCUAUUCUGACCCGAACCACCGCCCUUCUGUCGGCAUAGAUGGACUGACUCAGGAGGAAAAGGAAAAAGCUGAAGAAAUGUGCAUCGCUCUCGGGUUGACCGGAACCCUUCUAAAUGAAUGCAUCUUUGAUGUGUCAAUCACCAACGACACAACCUUUACUGAGCAGGAGGUCUUUAAAGGUUGCCCAAACCAGUGUUCCGGUAGGGGUCGCUGUGUAAACGGAAGCUGUGACUGUAUAACGGGCUGGUCUGGUGAAGACUGUAACGUUGGAAACUGCACAGACUGCUCCGAGGAUCACGGGAGAUGUGAGCUGGGAUUCUGUAGGUGCGAGCCAGGAUGGGAGGGAGCAGCCUGUGAUCAACCAGCGACAUGCUAUGCUGUACAAAACUGCACCAGCGUUAUUCACGGGAUUUGCAUAACCACAGAUGUCUGCAGGUGUGAACCAGGGUACAUCGGUGCUGACUGCAGUAAGGUUCCCACGUGCGGAAAUGUUGCUAACUGCACAGACCACGGAGUGUGUGUGGACUACGACACCUGUUUGUGUGAUGAGCAGUGGACAGGUGACAAGUGUGACCAGUUCUCGUGUCAGGCAUUGGAUUACUGCUCCGGACACGGCCGCUGUGUGGACAUUGAUGUCUGCUACUGUGAGCAGGGCUGGACCGGCAGCUCCUGUGUCACACCGGACUGUCCUGAAGUUAACCAGUGUUCCCGCCAAGGAGACUGUGUUGGUCCGAACACCUGCCAGUGUUACAACGGGUAUCAGGGUCUAAACUGCAGCGAAGCCCAGAGUUGUCCCGAGUUGCAAGAAUGCAAUGAAAAUGGGGUUUGCUUCAACAAUUCGUACGGGCGAAAUGAAUGUCGCUGCUAUCCAGGAUUCAUCGGCACAAGUUGCGAUCACCCAGACUGUACUAAACAGAAUAACUGUACUAACCACGGCAGCUGCAUAGAGCCUAACCUGUGUCAGUGUGACAGUGGGUACACCGGGAACGACUGUGCCAACUUCUCUUGUGAAGCACUGCAGUAUUGUUCUGGCCACGGAAACUGUGUGAACUUCGAUACAUGUAGCUGCGAUCCUGGCUGGUCAGGUGGUUCCUGUAACAUUGCAAACUGCAGCAGCAAGGGUGAUUGCUCGCGCUCUAGCCAAGGCACGUGUGUUGCUCCAGACACGUGCGCAUGCCUCCCUGGGUUCCAAGGACAAGACUGCAGUGAAGAGAUGACGCCCAAUGAACACCCACCAGUAUUCCAGAAGGACAAAUAUGAUAUCAUGAUUCCAGAAAACCAGCCCAUUGGCUCACCGAUUCUUACAGUUUUUGCAAACGAUUCUGACAGUGGACGUAACGGUGAGGUCAGGUACAGGCUUGCCCACACAGGUUUGGACAGUGAAAACUUUGCAGUCCAUUCGACUUUGGGGAUCUUAACUUCAGUCGUGGAGUUUGACCUUGAAUCUUUGGAGCACAAUUGGUUCAAUCUCAUCGUCGAAGCAUUUGAUCAAGGGAUGCCGACGCUUACUGGUACAGCCACGAUAACGAUAAACAUAACGGACCAGAAUGACAACAAACCUGUCAUCAGCAUCCCCCCUGAAACCGAGUACAACCUUCAAUCCAUCUCUCCUGUCGGCUUCCCUGUGACUACUGUACAGGCCUCUGAUGCUGACAGGUCCGACGAUAACUCCAAAAUCACCUACGGAAUCACAAGUGUCAGUCCCUUUGUUUCCAUCGAUGCCACAAACGGCAGUGUUACCGUUAGCAGUGCAUUGGAAAGUGGCACGUACGUGGUUAGGGUCAAGGCGUCAGAUAAUGGUUUACCGCCCAAAACAGACGAAGUCACUCUCCGUCUUAUCGUGACCGAAGUAAGCACAAACACAGCUCCACAGUGCCCAGACGAUCAAUUUAUUGAGAUAGAUUCUGGCAAUGUUACAACAGGAUCGACAAUAACAACCAUAGAAGCAGAAGAUCACGACAACGGUCCAGACGGUGACGUUUCCUACAGUUUCAAGUCCAAAAGAGGAGAACUGGCAAGUCUGUUCGGCAUUGACCCGUCAUUAGGUAUAAUCUACGUUGGAACUGAGGUGACACUGGUAAACAACACUUUCUCAGCUGUCUCACUGACAGUUGAAGCCAGAGAUAACGCUGUCGAGUCCAUGUCCUGUGAAACGAACGUCAUUGUAAUAAUAACUUCCCCGGAGUUUAAUGGAACUGUGCCAGAUAACCUGUUCCCCCCAACCACAGCUAAGCCACAGACGACACCGUUCGAUAGAUCUACCGCCCUCCCUACAACUUAUGGUAACAGCACCGCAGCAGUAGUCGAAGCAUUGUACGAUGACACUUUAUACAUCGGAAUCAUCUGUGUUGGCGCAGCAGUCGCCUUUACAGCUACUGUGGUACUGGUGAUUUGUUGUCUUGCAAAGAGACGCGCACAUCAUCAGAAGUACACCUUGUCAACUGGUAAUCAGCAGCCAGGCAAUAUGCUGGUUCCGAGAGCGAUAGCCUGGCAAGAGCCAGACAGACAGACUUACCAGAACCCGGCUUUCGUCAACGAUGCACAAAAAGAAAUCGAUGAUUUCUUACCUCCAGGUUUUAUUGUAGAAUGAUGUAUGUACAAAUUGUUAAGUGAAGUACGGUUCACACGUAAAUGAUCAAUUAGGUUCCCAUAGGUGUGCUUAUUGCAAAUCUUUAAAUGUUGCGUGUCAGUGUGAAGUGUCAGACAUAUAAAAUUUCACCUAAAUGAGUGGGAGCCUAUUCCCUCUGGUGUUGUACAAUGAUCACUAUUAAUAAAAACGUUUGUUUACUACACCGACUGGCGGUCACACAGCGUCAUACAAGAAAGAACCGCUACUAUGGUUGCUUGCCGACUUUUGUCUGCAAACUGCUCAGGAAGAUGGCGCGCCCAUUUGACCCAGAAUCAGCUGUGUGUCAUCCUGUUAGUGGAUUUGCUUGAGUGUACACGAGGUGUGAAGUUUUCUGGAAAGAUUUCUGCCCUCUCAAUUCUGUUGGGAUUUUUGUUUGGAGGUUUUGAGGGACGUAUACAUGGUAUUACAUUCAAUCUUUCUAUUAAUAUCAUAGAAUCAUACUUCUGUUACACGAAUUACACAGAACAAAGUUGCACAUAACGGCUUGUUCAACUUAGUUUUUUUUUGGUUUGGUUUGUUUUUGUUUUGUUUUGUUUUUGUAUCUAGUAAGUAGCCAUUUUCUUGGAACUGUAAAAUGAAUGAAUCAAUCCGACCAAUUUUUUAAAAGUUCAAUUUUUCUUUAUUUAGGGGAGUUGUUUAAUUGAAUACACAUUCUAUUGUAACUAAUGCUCUGGACUCGAGAUAAAGUGAUAUAUUUUAAGCAUUUCUCCUUUAAUUCUAGGUAAAUCAAUGAAUAGUAUGUAUGUUAAUUUUAAACAGUUCGGUAAAUAUUGUGAUGUUAACUUUAUUGUUCAUUUGGUAUAUGGUUUGUUUGAGUUAUGGGAUCUAGAUUUUGUUUAUGGGCACACAUUUUAAACAUGGUAAUGGAAACAACUAAAACAAAUUAUUCAUAAUUGUAUAAUAGUUAUUUGGAUAAGAAUAUCGAAUUAAAAUUUUCAACUAAAAUUGUGACACUAGGAAAAAUAUUCUCACUCAAAUGUUAUCCAUCCAAAAUGCUCUUGUAACACAGUUUAAAUGUAUGUUUUAUAUAAUGCAAUUGGUCCCAUCUUGUUUUCUUUGUUG